CUUUUUUCUCUUUGUAAAUCCUUGAGCUCACGAAUCGACGGCUGAGAUGAAGCGGGAGGGACGGCAACACGGUAUGGUGAGGACCUACCGGAUUCUGCCUCCGCCUCUCAAUCCACGGCCGGGGUUGACACCGGUCAACUCGUUGACUUCGCCCCCCACGGCUGGGUUAUUCACCAAAGUGCCAUCCAAGCCGACCAACCACUCCAAGUUCACCGGAAAAUGUGGUCAGGCGAGGUGUCUCGAUUGCCACUUGCACCCGACGACCAAGGCCAAGGUCAAGACCAAGGGCGAAACAAAGCUGAGGUCUUACGAUUUCGCCUCCACCUACAAGCUGCUGACGUGGCGGGUUGCCGGCGGGCGGUCCGGUUCGAAGUUUUCCGGGGUGUCAGCCACCGGAAUCCUUGAUCUCAUGUCGGAAGACAAGUACGGGGAGGAUUAUGAUAACGAUAACGAUUACGACUGCGAAGAAGCAGAAGAAGAAACGAAGAUUAACGGUGAUGGUGGUGAAAAUGAUUACGACAACGAAGAUGAUGGGGCCCAUGAUGAUGGUGAUGGUGAUGGCGAUAACGAUAACGAGCAGAUGAGAGAUUAUGAUGUGGGUGUAGUGAUUGGUCAUGUGGAAGAUACUGAAGAAGAAGAUGAAGGUUGGUGUUUGGUUGAAGAAAUGAUGAUUGUUGAUCUGUAAGUUCCCAUCUCGUCCAAUGAUUCCUUGUGUGCAUGUUCUGCUUUUCUUUUUUUCAAUAAUUCAUUACUCUGAAUCUGUAAUCAUCAAUUGAAUAAAAUUGGAUUAUAUUUAUAUGACA